AUGGGUGUUAGAGGAGUGUAUUCUGUUUGUAAAGGUUUUCUAAGCUGCUUCUGCCUAACUAGUGGAAAGAAAUUAGAUGAUGAUGAUGAAGGACACUUGCUUUAUCAGAAUGGAGACCUGUUGCAGGAAAGAUAUGAGAUUGUAGAUACAUUGGGAGAAGGAACCUUUGGCAAAGUGGUGCAAUGCAUAGAUCAUCACAGAGAAGGAUCUUGUGUUGCUCUGAAGAUCGUUAAGAAUGUGGAGAAAUAUAAAGAAGCAGCUUUGCUGGAGAUAAAAGUUUUGAAGAAGAUUAAAGAAAAAGAUCCUCACAACAAAGAGUCGUGUGUGUGGAUGUACGGCUGGUUUGAUUAUUUUGAUCACGUGUGUAUCAGUUUUGAGCUUUUAUCUCUCAGCACCUUUGACUUUAUGAAACAGAACAACUACAGUCCGUACACGCUGGGUCAGGUUCGACACAUGGCUUAUCAGAUCUGCAGCGCUGUUCAGUUUCUUCAUGCUAACAGGCUAACACACACAGAUCUGAAACCAGAGAACAUCCUGUUUAUUAACUGUGAUGUCAUCACCUACUUCAACUCCAAAAAACAGUGUGAGGAGCGUGUGUUGAAGAACACAGCGCUGAAGGUGGUGGAUUUUGGCAGUGCAACGUUUGAUCAUGAGCAUCACAGCACAGUCAUCUCCACCCGACACUACCGCGCACCUGAGGUUAUACUGGAGCUCGGAUGGAGUCAGCCCUGUGAUGUUUGGAGUAUCGGCUGUGUUCUGCUCGAGUAUUACCUUGGAUACACACUCUUUCAGACUCAUAAUAACCGGGAACACUUGGCCAUGAUGGAGCGAAUACAAGGACCAAUUCCUUCAAAAAUGAUCCGCAAAACAAGAAAGCAGAAGUAUUUUUCUGCAGGGCAUCUGAACUGGGAUGCGAGUUCUCCAUCAGGAAGAUAUGUUACACACAGCUGUAAACCACUGCGGCAGUAUAUACUGAGUAAAUCAGCAGAUGACAAUCAGCUGUUUGAUCUGUUGGAGACGAUGUUGGAGUUUGAUCCUCAGCAGCGUCUUUCCGUCUCAUCCUCCCUCCAUCAUCCCUUCUUCUCCUCCCUUAAUGACAUCAGCCGGUGACCUUUAACCUCCCCAUUCUCUCCAUUCUUAAUCAUAUCACCCAGAGAUCUUCACUCCUAACAUCUCGGACCUUCAGGAGUGUUUUCUCCCCUCUACUCAUCUGUGAUUCUUCUUCCUGUUCUCAGAAAUUACUACAGAAGGGGCGGGACAUGCUGAUAACGGAACUGUGAAUGGCUAAUGCGACCAAUUAUAGAAUUUAGCGCUGAAACUUUGUUUGCUUCUUUUGUUAAAUUGGAACAGUGUGAUUAAGCACAAUGCUUUCCUCUGAUUGGUGGAACUGAUUUCCUUUUGAUGACCAGUCAGAUCAGGCUCUGUUGCUUUUGUUGACUACUGAACAGAUAAAUUAGAAACAUAAAGAGAAAUUAUAUAAUCUGAUAACAUUUGAGAUUCUUUCUCAUUUAUUAAGCAGUUUUCUUUAGCUGGACUAAAUUUAGUGCUGUAGAAUAAUUACUACAGCACCACUUUACUGCAAUUUACAGAAUACAGCCUACAGUAGAAUGAAUUUCAUCCUGAUAAAAAUUCAACAAUAAUAAUAAUUA